AUGGUUUUCUUGCAGAAAGAAGCAUGGAGCGAAGAAGAGGAAACAGCCUUGGUUAUGGCACAUGCUGAAUUCGGAAACAGGUGGGUUGAAAUCUCAAAAAAGAUCCCAGGAAGAACUGAUAAUUCUAUUAAGAAUCAUUGGUACACAGUCAAACGCAGCCUACAAAUAGGGCAGAGUCAUCAGAAGACUAGUUCGAAGGGAAAUGACUGGCAUCCAAGUACUGUGUUACAAGACUACAUUAGGAGUAGUUGUAAGGUCACAGAGGAAUGUAUGAAGAAAAUUAUCAAACAUGCAAAAGAAACCCAGGGAAAUACUGCUCUGAAUGCCUAUCCUGCAUUGCUUGAACAAGGAAAGUCCCCUCAUGAGGAGAAAAACAACAACGGCACAGAAAACAAUGAGAUACAUCCAACUAAUGAAUCCGAAGAGAACAAUGUUUGGAAUGCCCCUCCAUUGCUUCAGCCAGAAGAUUUCAGCUUCAUGGAGAAAAAUGACAAGGAAUACUAUGACAUAUUUCAAGACCCUGAAUUGUUGUACUUCCUCUCGUCGCCUUCAUAUUACGGUUUCGGGUCUAGUUUUGAAGGCCAACAUCCUAAUUUGGAAUUUGAGAAUUCCCCAUUUAGUCAGAAUGAAUGA